AUGGGGCCCCUGUGGAAGGAUGCUUGUCCAGCUAUAAAGGUGGCCAUCAAAGUGAUCCCCCGGAAUCGCGUGCUGGGCUGGUCCACCCUGUCAGACUCGGUCACAUGCCCACUGGAAGUAGCACUGCUAUGGAAGGUGGGUGCGGGUGGUGGACACCCUGGUGUGAUCCGCCUGCUUGACUGGUUUGAAACACCAGAGGGCUUCAUGCUGGUCCUUGAGCGGCCUUUACCUGCCCAGGAUCUGUUUGACUACAUCACAGAACAGGGCCCAUUGGGUGAAGAUCGAAGCCGCUGCCUCUUUGCUCAGGUAGUGGCAGCCGUUCGGCACUGCCAUGCCCGUGGUGUUGUCCAUCGUGACAUCAAGGAUGAGAACAUCCUGAUAGACCUCCGCCGAGUCUGUAUCAAACUCAUUGAUUUUGGUUCUGGCGCCCUGCUUCAUGAUGAACCCUACACUGACUUUGAUGGGACAAGGGUAUACAGCCCCCCGGAGUGGAUCUCUUGUCACCAGUAUCAUGCACUCCCGGCCACUGUCUGGUCACUGGGUAUCCUUCUCUAUGACAUGGUAUGCGGGGACAUUCCCUUCGAGAGGGACCAGGAGAUUUUGGAGGCCGAGCUCCACUUCCCUGACCAUGUAUCCCCAGACUGUUGUGCCCUAAUCCGCCGGUGCCUGGACCCUAAACCUUCUGCCCGACCUUCAUUGGAGGAGAUCCUGCUGGAUCCCUGGAUGCAGACACCAGCUGAGGAUGCACCCCCUAGUACCCCUAAAGGGGGUUCUACCCCUUUGACCUGGUCCCUGCUGCCCUAGUUGGGAUAGCCAUCCCAUGGCCAUGCUACAGGGAUAGAAGGACAUCUGUUGAUCUGGUUUUACAGGUCAUUAAAAAUCCAGUGUUACUAGGGUCAGAGAUUGGGGAUCAGGGGUCAGAAAACAUAAGCCAAGUCUGCCCAGUCCCCAUUCCAAUCCUGUUAAGGAGCCUUCCUCCCAGAAUUUACGGUUUCUUAUUCUGGAGGGGGGUAUUUCCUUGCUUCUCAUUUUACUAAGGAUGUUUAUUUGGUUGAAGUUAAUUCCAUUCUGAGCCCCAGGAAUCUUAUUCUGAUGUGUUACAACCCUUACACUGGCACCUCCUGCCUGCUACCACCACACAAACUUAGUUCAAAUGCUCUAACUUGGGCAAGGGUGCUUUCCUUUGAAUACCCCAGCAGCUCUUAUUUUAGUAAAGGAACUCUUUCCUCUAGCCUAGGGUUCCAUAUUCAGUCAAGCUGCUUGCCUACCUCAGCCCAGGGUUGCUUAUUCUGGGGGAGGUAAUGCCCUAUUGUUAUCCCAGGGCUUU